AUGUCGAAGACCAGCACCGUCUCAAUUUCUCCAAGACUGCCUCCUGAGCUCGAGAGAGAGAUUUUUGAGAUCGCUGCCUAUCAAGACCUGGGAAGUGCAUAUCAGCUUCUGUUUGUGGCAAAGAGGGUUUACCAAUGGAUUGAGCCCAUGGUUUACAGAGUGAUGUUGAGGUUCAGCGCAACUGAAGCCCGGAGGAGAAUUCAAGCACCGUAUCCACUUCUCGAACGGUUCGAAACCGGCCAAGAUCCUUCCCCUCGUCUCAGACAAGUCUCCUCCUACACUACCCAUCUUUUGCUCGAACGCGUAUCCUCUAAUACUGCCAUUGAAUUCCUUCAGCUGCACAACAACGUUCAAGACCUCGCACUCUGGAUCAUCAAAGGACGGCGUCUCGGAUGCCUAGCACGCACAUUAACCACGCUCAAACUUAAGCGUCUCUCGAUUACCGUCUGCUUGGCUCUCACUAAAGACAUUGGUGGCGAAUUCGAUCCCGCCCUGUUCCCAUAUCUGACGCACCUGGAGCUUUUCGACGCAGCCGGGGAGUUUUGGGAUAGAGUUGGGAGUAAGCUCCAUCUGCUGCCUUGCCUUUCUCACUUGGCCUUGAUAGGUGGGGGAGCGGAUAUCAGGAACUCCAUCGACACUCUCCUUCGCAAGUCCUUCACUCUGCGACUCUUGAUAAUUGGGUCGUGGAUACAGGAUGACUUCGAAUCUGAGGACCCUCGCGUGGUGGUCGUUGUCUUCACCCCUGCUUCGUUGAGGAUUGACGACUGGGAACGCGGAGCUCGUGGCGGGCGAGAUCUUUGGAUUGUGGCGGAGGACUUGCAGCGCGAGCGAGAGAAGAGGGAAAACUCAAGGACUGUCCACACCCACGAGUUACCUAUUUUAGCUUGUACAACCUCAAUUGGUUAUUAUACCGGAACUCUCCCUCCCAUUGCUAUUCAGGAGGAGCUUGUCAAAGGCUCUACAAUGUGCGGGCGUCCAAUGUACAGACCGCCAGACAUUUCACGACAUCGAGAUCUCUUGCGCACAUACACACGAAGAGGAACGACGUACACUACGAACAUCCGGCAACGCACGCCCCAGGAGGAGGCAUCUCUCUACUCUCUAUCGCUAGGCAGUCCUACGAUAAUUCCACCAUCUGGACCACUCUUAAUAGCAAGAUUUCCACUCUCACCCUCGCAACCCGGGGUCGUUAUUUUCCUCCUUCCAGGCUCGUCGCCGUAUCCAUCGAAACAUGCUUAA